CCCGGCCAUGGCAGACAGCGAGAAGCUGGACAACCAGCGGCUCAAGAAUUUCAAGAACAAAGGCCGCGACUUGGAAACUAUGAGACGACAACGAAAUGAAGUUGUAGUUGAAUUAAGGAAGAAUAAAAGAGAUGAACAUCUCUUAAAGAGAAGGAACGUACCACAUGAAGAUAUCUGUGAAGACUCUGAUAUAGAUGCUGAUUAUAGAGUGCAAAAUACCUCUGAAGCUAUUGUUCAAAAUGCUUCAAGUGACAACCAAGGAAUUCAGUUAAGUGCAGUUCAUGCUGCUAGGACACUCUUGUCUAGUGACCGAAAUCCACCAAUUGAUGACCUAAUAAAGUCUGGAAUAUUGCCUAUUUUAGUCCAUUGUCUUGAAAGAGAUGAUAAUCCUUCUUUACAGUUUGAAGCUGCCUGGGCUCUGACAAACAUUGCGUCUGGGACCUCUGAAACACAAGCAGUCGUUCAGUCCAAUGCUGUGCCACUUUUCCUGAGACUUCUCCAUUCACCCCAUCAAAAUGUCUGUGAGCAAGCAGUGUGGGCAUUGGGAAACAUCAUAGGUGAUGGGCCACAGUGUAGAGAUUAUGUUAUAAGUCUUGGCGUCGUGAAACCUUUACUUUCUUUCAUAAGUCCGUCUAUUCCUAUAACUUUCCUAAGAAAUGUCACUUGGGUCAUGGUCAACCUAUGUCGCCACAAAGACCCACCACCCCCAAUGGAAACAAUUCAGGAGAUUCUUCCAGCUCUUUGUUUUUUAAUUCAUCAUACAGAUGUAAACUGGGCUCUCUCCUAUCUGAGGAAUGCUGGCAAUGAACAGCUACAGAUGGUAAUAGACUCUGGGAUCGUCCCUCAUUUGGUUCCUCUGCUCAGCCACCAAGAAGUUAAAGUUCAGAUGGCUGCUCUCCGGGCUGUGGGCAACAUCGUGACUGGGACUGAUAAGCAAACACAAGUCGUCCUGAAUUGUGAUGCGCUUUCACAUUUUCCAGCACUCCUGACACAUCCCAAAGAGAAAAUUAAUAAGGAAGCAGUGUGUUUCCUCUCAAACACAAGUCAGCAGCAAGUCCAGGCAGUAAUUGAUGCCAACCUCAUACCAAUGAUAAUACACCUUUUGGAUAAGGGGGAUUUUGGCACUCAGAAAGAAGCUGCUUGGGCCAUUAGUAACUUAAGCAUCAGUGGGAGAAAAGAUCAAGUGGCUUACCUCAUUCAACAAAAUGUUAUCCCACCAUUUUGCAAUUUGAUUAAUGUAAAAGAUGCACGAGUUGUACAAAUAGUCCUCGAUGGUCUAAGUAAUAUAUUAAAAAUGGCUGAAGAUGAGGCAGAAACCAUAGCCAAUCUCAUAGAAGAAUGCGGAGGACUGGAGAAAAUUGAACAACUUCAAAAUCAUGAAAACGAAGACAUCUACAAAUUGGCCUAUCAGAUCAUUGAUCAGUUCUUCUCUUCAGAUGAUAUUGAUGAAGACCCUAGCCUUGUUCCAGAGGCAAUACAAGGUGGAACAUUUGGUUUCAAUUCAUCUGCCAAUGUACCGACGGAAGGAUUCCAGUUUUAGAGAGAUGUCAUGAAAAUCAAGUCUAAUGCGGCACUGAGAUACAUAAAUAUACAUGCGUCUAUAGAGAAAGGUUUGAUCCAUCACGCUUGGCUCAUGGGAUCUGCUGCUGCAUUAAAUCGGGAAAGAAAAUGUGAAGAUUUCAUUUGGAAUCAUAGAAAAUGCCCAAAUGAGAUCAAGAUGGCGAGUGGGUGCGAAUGAGAAUGAGUGGCAGAAUGGAAUGAGACUUUACAUGAGUGCUUAUUUAGAUUGUUGGAAGUGAAAAGGGGCUGCGGGUCACAGAUCUUCAGUGCCCGAGAAGGAACAUUGCCUUGGUCUCUGUCAGUGAGAGGUAGUGAAGUCCU